GAGGGGCGGGCCCUUGCGACGCGGCGGAGCGGGCGGCCAACGGGAGCGGCGGGUCCCCAACUGCCGGCUUUCAAAUCCUCCGCCUCCCCCCCGCCGCCCGGCCCCCGCCCUCUCCGGCAACGGCAGCGGCGGCGAGAGGGGGCCUGGGCCGGCGGCGGCGCGCGGAGCUUUUCUCGUGGAAGAAGUGGCAGCGGGGAGAGCUCUGCUCUUAACAUUGAGAAGGCAGAAAAAUGGCAUCAGAAGACAUCACCAAGCUUGCAGAGUCACUUGCCAAAACCAAAGUGGGUGGCGGACAGCUGAGCUUCAAAGGCCAGAGCCUUAAACUGAAUACGGCUGAAGAUGCCGAAGAAGUGAUCAAACAAAUUGAAGAAUUUGAUGGCCUGGAAGCAUUGCGCCUGGAAGGCAACACAGUGGGUGUGGAGGCAGCGAAGGUUAUUGCCAAAGCCCUGGAGAAGAAGUCAGAGCUCAAGAGGUGUCAUUGGAGUGACAUGUUCACUGGGAGGCUAAGAUCUGAGAUCCCUCCUGCUUUGAUCUCUUUGGGGGACGCACUCAUCACUGCUGGAGCCCAGCUGGUGGAGCUUGACCUGAGUGACAAUGCCUUUGGGCCAGACGGUGUGCGUGGCUUCGAGGCGCUGCUGAAGAGCCCUGCAUGUUACACCCUGCAGGAACUCAAGCUCAAUAACUGUGGCAUGGGCAUUGGUGGUGGCAAGAUAUUGGCAGCUGCUCUGAAAGAGUGUCACAGGAAAUCGAGUGCCCAGGGCAAGCCUCUUGCUUUGAAAAUAUUUGUGGCUGGCAGAAAUCGUCUGGAGAAUGAUGGUGCCACUGCCCUGGCUGAAGCUUUUGGGAUCAUUGGGACUCUGGAAGAGGUCCAUAUGCCACAGAAUGGAAUCAACCAUCCUGGCAUCACUGCACUGGCCCAGGCCUUUGCUAUCAACUCACUGCUUAAGGUUAUAAAUUUGAAUGACAACACCUUCACAGAGAAAGGAGCUGUGGCCAUGGCAGAGACACUGAAGUCACUAAGGCAGAUUGAAGUGAUCAACUUUGGAGACUGCCUGGUGCGUUCGAAGGGUGCUGUUGCUAUUGCAGAUGCUGUUAAAGAAGGGCUUCAUAAAUUAAAGGAACUGAACUUGUCCUUCUGUGAGAUCAAACGAGAUGCUGCUCUGACUGUUGCUGAAGCUAUUGAAGAUAAGGCAGAGUUGGAGAAGUUGGAUCUCAAUGGUAACUGCCUGGGAGAAGAGGGAUGUGAGCAACUGCAGGAGAUCCUUGAAGGCUUCAAUAUGGCAGCUGUGCUGGGAUCUUUGAGUGAUGAUGAAGGGGAAGAGGAGGAUGAUGAAGAAGAGGAAGAGGAUGAAGAAGAAGAGGAGGAGGAGGAAGAGGAGGAGGAAGAACAGCAACAGCUUAAGGAGAGAGGACAGGGAGAACAGGACUCAUUGACUCCUAAGAAGAUAAUUGAUUCACAGGAUUCAACUCCAGUGCCAUCUCCUCCUGUGGAUGUUGCCACAUUCCUUGCAUUCCCGUCACCAGAGAAGCUGCUGCGACUAGGACCAAAGUGUUCCGUGCUGAUAGCUCAGCAGACAGAUACAACUGAUGUAGAGAAAGUAGUUACAGCUCUCCUAAGGAUAUCUUCAGUCUUCAAAGAUGAAGCCCCAGUAAAAACAGCUGUGCAUGAAACAACAGAUGCCUUGAUGAGGAAAGCCUUCACUUCUGCCACGUUUAAUUCGGAUGCAUUUGUCACAAGACUCUUGAUCCACAUGGGACUACUUAAGAGUGAAGAGAAGAUCAAAACUGUCCCAAGCCUCUAUGGUAUUCUUAUGACUUUGAACCAUAUGGUCCAGCAAGAUUAUUUCCCCAAAUCCCUGGCUCCAGUUCUCACAGCUUUUGUCACAAAUUUGCAAGGUUUAGAGCAACACGUCUUGAUGGAAUGAGCCAGGCAAGCUACCUGGCUCUGAAGCAGUACAGAGGGCAAGCAGAGCUCUACCUGACUCAUCACACUGUGUUAACACGGAAGACUAGCAGAUCAGAACAGUACAAAACACAAAGACCGAGUAUGUUGCUAAAAGAAACUGUUGCUACCAUGACAGCAACAGGGUUAGUGAUUUUUUUUUGAAAGCUAAACUGAGAGCAAAGUGCUGAAGAAGCUGCUUUCACUGUCUGCUUCUGUUUAAUAUUACUUCUAGUACAGGUAUAGAAUCACACCCCUUUUUAGUUUCUUUAAUGUUGUAAAGCACAGCAAGUCCAACAGCUGUGGAAGCCAUACAUCAUCUUAAUUAAAUCAGUGUGAACUUUAGCAUUUGAAUUAGAAGAAACACCCCAAAUAAUACUUACCUUGAGAGAGGAAAAAAUAAAUACUUGUAUUCAGCAGUCAAGGGGAGGAACAGUCCAGAAUUGGCAAAUUAGCCAAAAAAAAAGCAGACAUCCAAAAUCCAUUUGGAACAUCUGAAAUCCAUUUGGAAUUUGGUGGCAAUUUGGUUCAUCAUGGACAAUGUGCCAUAUGGGGUCAGGACAGCUCUUUAAGGGGUUAUAGGACAAGGCUCAAACCUUCCUGAUUUUCAUGGGGUGGGAAUAUGCAGAAACUUGAGAGUUUGUGCUGCUGAAGGGCAGGGGCAUCAAAUAAAUACUUUGUGGUUGGUACAAAACACGGACAAGAGGGAUGCAGUCAAAUAUUGGCAGUCAGUCCUUUCUUAACUCUGCUAGGAUUGGAAGCAGGCUGCUGUGAAAGGGAAGAAGAAUUUUUGCAUAUGGUGGUGUGGCUGAAGCUGUGAAAGCUGAUGCAUGGUAGUGGCAUGUGUCUAGCAGUCAGCUGCUCUGAGUUUUGGAAAAUAAAACUAUGUAACUAGCUUGUUUACGCAUGUGUAAAUGCUACCCUACAGGCACCUCGGGUGGAACAGUUCAUCUCCUGUCCCCUCUUAAGCUUGAUCAGACCAGGAAUUAGGCAUUGUACCUGCCCAUGGUCCUGUGCUUUAGCAACUAAACAAAUAUAGCUCCAGCUUGAUCUUUGUAUGCUUAAGCAAGAAGUAUCAGGAGUUGCCAUGUGCAGUUGUCCAGCUAACAGGAUUUCUGCUGUUUCCUGCGCUGCUAAUACUGGCAUUGCUGUCUGCCAGUGAUCUUGCUUGCUGAUCAAAUGUAUACCUACAGCAUAAGGAUCCACUACCAGCCUUAAAAUAAAAGACCGAGGAAGACAAUGGCUUACUACUUUAUCAAGCGCUAAUUAUCCAGAGCCAGCUUGAUCAAAGCUAGGACUGUGUACUGUCUAUCAGACCUAACCACUUCAAACAGGAUUUAAAUCACUUGAAGUGGAGAAUACAUUAAAGGGGACUCUGCUUCACUGCUUUUGGCCCUGCUAAUGCUUGUCAGAUUACAGUGCCUGGAGUAGCCUUGUAAUUCAACUUAUGUAACCUUUAAGAAAAAUCUGCACGCAAUGGACACUGUCCCUGUCUGUGCGUGUGUGUAUGUAAGCUGGUCCAAGGCUCCAG